CUUCCCCAGCUGGUGCGCAUCGCCAAGGUCUUGGGCACCGAGGACCUCUAUGACUACAUUGACAAGUACAACGUGGAGCUGGACCCCCGCUUCAACGACAUCCUGGGCAGGCAUUCCCGCAAGCGAUGGGAGCGCUUCGUGCACAGUGAGAACCAGCACCUGGUCAGCACCGAGGCCCUGGACUUCCUGGACAAGCUCCUGCGCUACGACCACCAGGCGCGGCUGACGGCCCGGGAGGCCAUGGAGCACCCCUACUUCUAUCCGAUCGUGAAGGACCCGGCCAGGCUGGCCUCCUCCACUGUCCUUUCCUCAUCGAACACACCUGUCAGCUCGUCCAGCAUGUUGGCAGGUAGGCACCUGGGCUGUAGCUGGGUUGGGGGAGGGGAGGGGGGGCGUGCCAGCCGUACCACUGGGGGCUUUGGCUCCUGUGUGCUGUUCAUCCAGGGAAGAGCAUGGAUGAGCCUCCUUCCUUCACCCCUUCUUUCCUCCUUAAUCAGAAUGGAGCUAAUGGAAGGGGCCGUGGAGGUCUUCUAGUCCA